ACACGUUGUGAUUUGGUUGUAACCCUAGACUGUAGAAAAAUGUAGCCUAAUGUAUGGUAACUGUAAAACCUUAGGUCACUUUCUAGAACGCAACUAGCGUUAUAAGUAUAUUUUUCUAGUUAAAGCGUGUUAGCUGUAACGUAGUCUUAUCGCUCAGCGAACGUUGGAUGACUUGCAAACGAUUGAUGAUUUUGAAACGGGAUCUCCGCAUAGUCAACAAGUUUGGAUAGAGAGACAGACGGGUGCAGUACAGUCCUAGUAUGGCAACUUCGUGGACAACCUCCGUCUUUAUGUGAGAGGUGGCAGCGGAGGGAUGGGACUGCCUCGCCUGGGUGGCCAGGGGGGGAAGGGAGGGAGCAUUUGGGUGACAGCCAAAGAUGGUCUCACCCUGAAGAAAAUCAAGGACAAGUACCCUCACAGACGUUUUGUUGCUGGAACCGGAGCUAAUAGCAGUGUCCAUGCCCUGAAGGGGGAGAACGGAGAGGAUGUAGAAAUCUUGGCUCCCGUCGGGAUCGUCGUCACCACAGAUGAAGGGGCGGUCAUAGGGGAGUUGAAUGCAGAGGGGGAGAAAGUCCUGGUGGCGAAGGGGGGCAUUGGCGGCGCCCACUACUCCGGUUUCCUCCCCAGCAAAGGCAAGGCUCGCCAAAUCCGCCUGGACCUGAAGCUCAUUGCAGACGUGGGCCUUGUGGGGUUUCCAAACGCUGGUAAAUCCUCAUUGCUAAGCACACUUUCCCAUGCAAAACCACAGAUAGCGAAUUACCCAUUCACAACCCUGAGACCUGAGAUUGGCAAAAUCAUGUAUGAUGACUACAGGCAGGUGUCGGUGGCUGACUUACCUGGCCUAAUUGAGGGUGCUCACAUGAACAAGGGCAUGGGACACAAAUUCCUCAAACAUGUGGAGAGAACCAAGCAGUUGAUGUUUGUGGUCGAUAUCUGCGGUUUUCAGCUAUCAAGCAAAACACCGUUCAGAUCAGCUUUUGAGACUGUACAGCUUUUAACCAAGGAGCUGGAGCUAUAUAAGGAAGAGCUACUCUCUAAGCCUGCCCUCCUGGUUGUGAAUAAAAUGGAUCUUCCAGAAGCUGAGAUGCUUCUUCAGGAGCUUCUUGAUCAACUUCAAAACCAAGAUGAUUAUAAGAGUUUGCUGCCCGAGGACCUGGUCCCGAAGAGCGGCCUGGGCUUCAGGCACGUGGUCCCGAUCUCCGCGGCGACGGGGCUGGGAGUGGAAGAGCUGAAGGCGUGCAUCCGCGGGUCGCUGGACGAGCAGGCCGCCGCGCAGACGGAGGAGGAGCGCACGCGGCGGGUCCAGGAGCUGCGAGGGGCGCGUCCUCCCCCGACCGGCCGCCCCCUCCGCCCGAGGCCGCCCGCGUGAACCUGCUCUUCAGCGACGCGAACGCCCGCCAUCCAGCCCACAACUGCGGGAGCAAUGCUAAACUGGCUCAUAUGUGACAGGGCCUUUCAGACGAGACCUUACUCUGAGGGUCCUUACUGCCAUUGUUAAAGAUACCAUGUGACUUGUGGAAGAGAUCAGGGCGGGUCUCCUGCACAUCAUGGGGAAAUUCCCAACCUGCUGCACCGCUCUCAGUUUGGCCAUCUAAUUACUCCCCGAUUUAACUGACUCGACCUGAGCUGUGUUCUGCUGCAACAUGGCUGCCGUGAGUUAUCCAGGUGGAUGCCACACAUUGGGUGUGGUGGAGGUGAGUUUUCUCCCUUCACUGCAAUCAUGGGACAUUAAAUAAAUGCAGUCCCUUAUUAUCAUUGUCGGUCAUAGCAGUGGUCUAUUGCCUACAGAAAUGAAGCUUCCUAACAGUGCAGUUAAAUUGAAGAUGAGCUGGUAACUCCUUAGGCUGUGGUGUUUAGGCCUUUACACUCUUGACCCAGGGGAAAACUAGCCCACACACCCCACAACAGACUGCUGCUGGAUUGGUCCAGACAGCCAUGAAAAUGGUUAAAUUACAUGUGGGGCUUUAAAGAUGUGCACUGAAUAAAGGAAAAUUAAUCCUGAGAGAACACCUUUGGGGCAGUUGUUUGCCAAUAUCAAUUAAUGAUGGGGGUGAGCAGUUGUGAAUCGGACUUGAGUGUAUGAAUUGGCUUGUAAAUGCUCCUCCUCCCUUUGCAUUGCUUUGUUAACAUAAAGAGCGUGUACACUGGCA